AUGGAUCGUGAAAAAUUUCUGCGGAUUCAAGGAAAAUUGCAAAAAUAUGGAACACUUUUGCGAUAUUUCAGUUUUGUCAUACUUACGUUCCUAUAUUUACAAGUACAAGCCUUUUCAGUGGACAUAAGUACGCAAUUUUUGCUACCAAAGAUCAACAUCUUUGCCGGAAUGCUGCAAAUAAUUUUGUUCCUAAUAUUUCUGCUAAUGGAAGAAGGCAGUCUAUCGAAUUUAUUUAGCAGCUUAACAAAACAUAUUUUUAAUGACUACAAAAGUACAUUCAAAAUGGCAUUACCGCCCGCAUUUCUAAUUUUAUCAACAGAAUUUGCCAACGAAAUGCUACCAAAUGAGGCAAAGUCAGCCAAUUCUUUUUAUAUCGUGGGAGUUGCAAUCUUUUGCUUAUUAUUGAUUAAGAAAAAGUUCAUGUUGACACAAAUAUUGGCCAUACUAUUCAUUUCUAUGGGACUUACAUAUUUCCCACAAGAACAUCAAAUCAUGUCAACAUUACUACCGAAUAUCUUUAAAGACCAAGAGCUUUUUGCUUACAUUUUAAUUAUUGCUUCCAUUUGCUGCUAUGGAUUAAGCUAUGCUAUAUUAGAGAGUAAUUUGAAGGCAUCUGAUGUCUCAUUGUGGAUACGUGGAAUACAAUUGAACUUAUUUGUAGUGCCUAUGUCAUUGUUUAUAUGUUUUGGAAAUUACUACAUUAACGAUAUGGAAACGCGCGGUGGCUUUUUUGAUAAUUUUAACAUUAUUGCGUGGUUCUUUAUCAUAUUUAUUGUUGCAUGUAACAUGAUGGAGCUGUUUGUAAUCAAGGUUGCUGAUUCCAUGUUUCGAAUGAUUGCAUUAAGUUUAGCAGUCAUGAUUAUUGGUAUUAUGAAAUAUCCAUUCUCAUUUGAUUCGGCAUCGCCCACAAAAGUUGGUACUGGAUUGAUUUUAGCUGGAACUGCUUUAUAUAUUUUAAUGGAUGUUGGAAGCUUUAAAGAAGGGGAUGAAGGUGGAAUGAGAGACAUUCAGUCAUAUAUAAUUCCAAUGAAACUUUAUCAAAGUGUCCCAACUGUUUCCUUUAAUGUUAAGAACAAUAUCCAAAAUAUUGAAUCGUGA